AUGGAAUGGGACCAUAUUUGUUCUAAAGUGAAUUCGGUCAAUACAAGUUACAUUAGGUCAGCAGAGGAACUAAAGAAAAAGUGGAGUGCCAUUUGCAGCGAAGGUAAAAAGAAAUUCGCGAAAAUUAAAAGGGAACAGAGAAAAACUGGUGGUGGCCUUCUGCCGGCAGACUGUAGUAUAACCCCACUAGAGGAAAAAAUACAAUCAAUUUUGGGUGAGACAUCUACAUUCGGAGUUGAGGGGGGCAUCGACACUCUUGUACAAAGUGAACGAGCACCAACUAGGAAGCGGAAACAGGACCUGCAAUCACCAUCACUGGAAUUAGUUAAAAUUGAAAAAGAAAGACUGGAAAUAGAGAAAAAGAGAAUGGAGGUGGAAGCAGAAAGACUGGCGGUUGAGCAGAAACGGCUUAGUAUAGAGCAGGCUAGACUGCAAAUUGAGCAAGAAAAACAUAAUAUUAAACUUUGUCAGUUGGGCAUUAUUUCUAAUGCUACAGUUACACCUGUCCAAUAA